AUGCAAGAUAAAGUAGACGAAUACUAUGCAAGUGUUCUUUUAAAUUCGGAGAAUGGCGAAAAGACGAUCACGGAUGAUCACAACAGGAGCAGUGAUGAAGAAAACCUAGAUGAACUACUAGACGAACUGGAUAAAGAGUUAGACGAAAAUAGUGAUUUUUUGAGUGCUUAUAGAUCGGAGAGGCUACAGGAAAUAUCCGAUCAUUUAAAACAGGUCAAGAAGAAUGUUGAAGAUGAUGGAUAUGGUAAACUGCAGUGCAUUGACAAUGAGUCCGAUGCUAUUGAGAUAUGUACAAAGAGUAGCAUGGUUGUUAUACAUUUUGAACUGGAAACAUUUGCCAAAUGCCAAUAUAUGAAUGAAAAAUUAGGAAUCUUAGCAAGAAAGUAUCUAACUACAAGAUUUAUUAAAGUAAAAGUUCAAACAUGUCCUUUUCUGGUCAAUAAACUGAAUAUCAAAGUGCUGCCGUUUGUAGUUGGUUACAAGAGUGGUUUAGAAAAGGUUCGUUACGUUGGGUUUAGUAGACUGGGUAAUGAUCCUAAUGGGUUUGACAUUAGAAGACUGGAAGAAUCUUUAGCUCUUUCUGGUGUUAUAGAAGACUCAUUCACAACAAAGAAAUGUUCAUCCGAGAACGCUAGAUCCUUUUUCUCUAGAAAUGAUAGCGGGAGUGGGAGCGAUUUAGAUAUCUAG